UCCACUUCCUGCAGCAAUAGGCUCUUUGUGACUCAGCAUUCAGGUGCAAAGCCAGCCAGCUGCACCUCGUGGAAAGGAGAUCGUUAUCUGGGUUUCCUAAAGUGUAACGUAUCACCCCUUGGCAAGCAGAGAGAGUUACACGGUGCUUAUGGUGCUUACGGCGCUCGAGGUGUUUUAAGAUAUUGACGUUGUUGGUGUUCAGAGCACUCCUGCAAACUUCUGAUGCAGCGAAUAAAUGACCGCACCCGUCAGACGCCCUCCUCUCCUUUCUUUACACGAUGCGAAAGGGGCCGCUACAAUGGCCUCUCCACAGAGAUGGAUGAAUGGGUGAGGGACGAGCAACCCAAACCUCUGAUGGAAGCAGCACAGCGGGCAGAUGAGUACUUGGAUGCCCGACAUCCCCAACGGCCUACUAACUUCCGCAGCUACCAACCACUCAUGCGUACUUCACCACCGGUUCCUCUGACUUCAGCACCCGCAUCCAGAAGCCUACCGCCUCCAGUUCCAAUCCAGAGGGCACCGAAAAGGGCAGCUACUCAGUGCCAUCAAUGUCUCCAGUAUGGCCACAUGAGAAGAGAUUGCCCUCAACAGAGAGACUGUUCUCAGUGGAUCUCCCCAGGGUCCCCUCCAGCACCCCAAGAAGCCGCCCACUGUUACCAGGCUGCUCCCAUGUACAGCCCCAACCCCGACGAGGAGGUCUGGACCUUCCUGCAUGAGGCGGAUCCAGUACAAGCCGCGGCAGACAAUCAAAACCGUCACGGGCAGCCGGUAAAGUUGAAUGGGCGCACUGUGCAAGGUCUGCAGGACACCAGAGCCACGCUGACCCUAGUACAGCGCCAGCUGAUCAAAGAGGCAGAGAUGACAGGAGGAACAGUCGCCGUCCGGGUAGCAGGAGGAGCCAUCCAUCGUCUACCCACUGCAAAAGUUAAUCUUGACUGGGGCGCUGGAAACAAGAUUGUGAAGGUGGGGCUCAUGAAUCACCUACCGGCCGAUGUGCUAUUGGGCAACGACCUGGGCCAGCUAAACUCCACAUAUGUACCAGCUGACAGUCCCGAGGAAUCGCACCCUGUGAUGACCAGACAACAGGCCUACAACACCCAGGACGGCUCACACUCUGAGGCUCGGGUAGGCACCCUUGCCCCGGUUGCCUUGCUCUGGGAUACCCCAGCCGAGUUUUUGAAAGAAGUAGUUUCUGACCCUUCCCUCCAGAAGUAUAAAGGCAAAGUGACCACUAGUCAGACAGAAUUGGGGGAGCAAUUUAUCUGGGAGAGGGGAUUGUUAUAUCGCAUAGCAGAGAGGAUAAGUCCAGGGACCGCUUCUACUACCACCAAACAGCUGGUGGUACCCAUGAAAUAUCGACUUGAGCUGCUGAAGAUAGCUCACGAUAUUCCCCUAGCAGGGCAUUUGGGAUUGAAUCGUACCAAACACCGGCUCACCCAAAGGUUUUUCUGGCCAGACAUCUCCAAAGAACUACGGCAAUACUGCCAGUCUUGUGAUGUCUGUCAGAAAGUGGUGAAGCGGGGCGACAGGCGUAAGAUUAAUCUCUAUCCUCUGCCCAUUAUUGCAGACCCCUUCGGCCGAAUAGCUGUCGACUUUAUCGGUCCCUUGGCCAAGCCUAGUCCCACUGGGAAGAAAUAUAUUCUGAUCAUUGUGGACUACGCGACUCGGUAUCCUGAGGCAGUUGCCCUGAACAAUCUUCAGGCGGAGAUUGUGGCUGGGGCCCUGAUGCGAGUGUUCUCCCGUAUGGGUUUCCCCCGGGAGAUUGUCUCGGAUAUGGGCACCCAGUUUAUUGCCGAGAUGACUCACCAACUGUGGAAGCUCGCCGGCUUUAAACCCAUCUUUAGAGCCCCAUACCACCCCCAGACUAAUGAUACGCUGAAGCAGAUGCUCUCUACCUUUGCAGCAACCCGCAAGGAUUGGGAAAGAUUCCUGCCACAUCUUCUGUUCGCUUACCGGGAGGUGCCCCAGGAAUCUACAGGAUUCUCUCCGUUUGAAUUGUUAUUAGGGCAAAAGCUUAGAGGGCCCUUAGACCUAGUCCGAGAACACUGGGAGGGGGUUGUGGAUCAGGAAGGGAUCCCCAUCGUUCCCUAUGUGCUGGAGCUUCGGGACCAACUGAAGGAACUCACUCCCCUUGUGCGUGAGAACCUCCAGGCGGCACAAGAGCACAAGCGCAAAUGGUAUGAUAAAGGGGCCAGGACCUUUCAAGUCGGUCAGAUGGUUCUGGUUUUGAAACCUGUCCGACAUGACAGGCUACAGGUUGCCUGGCAGGGCCCAUAUCGGGUAGUUGAACAGAAAUCUGGCACUACCUACGUUAUCGGUCCUUGCUCAGGUGAAGGAGUUAGACGCAUGUUACAUGUUAACAUGCUAAAACCCUACCACAAGCGGACAGAGGAUGUAGCCGCUAUAUGUGCCCCAGCCUCGGAAGAUUUUUAUAAUCUUCCCCUCCCUGAUCUUCUAGAGGAUGGUGUUCAGGCACGGUACAUAGAUGAGAUCCACUUAAGGGACCGACUGAGACAGAGAGAUCUCCUAGAGGAUGGAGUUCAGGCACGGUACAUAGAUGAGAUCCACUUAAGGGACCGACUGAGACAGAGAGAUAUCCUAGAGGAUGGAGUUCAGGCACGGUACAUAGAUGAGAUCCACUUAGGGGACCGACUGUCUCAGAGAGAACGCAGACAAGCGCAGCAGAUGCUGUAUGAAAACAGAGAGACUUUCUCUAAUCUGCCAGGGUUUACCCCACUGACUGCCCACCAGGGGAGGGCUGGCAACUUUCGGCUUGGGGGACAAUUCCAGUCAAGUGGUCCAUUGCACCCAGGGCAAGGAUUUUUGGCUACACAGCAUUUUGCUGCCCCCCCUUUAAAAAAAAUGCGUCAUCACCUGUGGUCCUAGGAGAAGAGCAGUGGAAGUCACGCCCCCUCCUUCUGACAUGAUCAGGAGAGACCGGCCGACUCCACUGACUGCAGGGAGAGUAAGGUGAGUUGAAAAAUCCCAAUCCCCAGUCAAUGGCAGGGGAUUUGGAUUUUUGCACCCCCCUGCUCUGGCACCCUAAGGCAUGUUAAAGACAGCAGCCAUUUUUAACAUGAUUUAGGGAGGCCUGGGGCAAUUGCCUCCCUGCGCCCCUGCCACCCACAGAAUAGAAACUU